AUGUUUGUUGGCUCCUCAAUUUCUAAUGAUAAACAUCAAAACCCAUUGCCUGUGAUUAUUGAUAUAGAUGGUGAUACUGACGAUUUUCUUGCGGUUCUUUAUGCUCUUAAAUCAAAGGAACUUGAUGUACGCGGCAUUACUUACCAAGGUGAUGGAUGGUCACAUACAGCUUCGGCCCAGAAUAUUGUUGAUAUUGUGGAUGACAUCUAUCCCGGAAAAAACCUUCCUGUCAUACUUGGUGCUGAUUAUUCCUUGUACGAAUUAGACAAAAAUCCUAUUACACCAGGCUGCACUCAUCAAAAAUCGGUCCCUGAAGGUGCUGGUGGAAAGCGUGAUACUGAUUUGUUAUACGGUAUUAAUCGACAGCUUAGGUUAUCAAAACGACUAUGGUAUGAUGCUAUUAAAGGUUUUAAUAUAACUAGGGACUUCGCCGAUCUCAUUGAUUCUACGAUUCAACAAACUGCUAAAAAACCCACUAUUAUAUUAACCGGUCCAGCUACUAAUAUUGCUAUUUUUCUACGUGCUUUGCCAUCUUAUUCUGCAAAAAUUGAUAAAGUUUUCUGGAUGGCCGGUUCUUUAAAUGUUCCCGGAAAUUUAAUUAGUGUACCAGAUAAUACUCGUGCUGAGUCUAAUGUUUAUCUUGAUUGCACUGCAGCUCAAGAAUUACUCGCUUCUAACUUGGAUAUUACUCUGAUGCCAUUAGAUUUUACAAAUCAAACUCCUCUUAAUCCUGCUUUUUUCAACAAACUCUCAAAACUCAAAAGUUUUUAUAGUAAAUUUACAUAUAAUCUCUUGUUCAAUAUUCGUGCAACUUGGCAUGGCGGGGCCUCUGCAUUCUAUACUGGUUAUUAUCUUUGGGAUCCUAAAGUAAUAGCUGUUGUUAAAAAUAUUGGUGUUGCAAAAAUUGUAUCAAAUCGCUCACUGGCUGUUACUUGUUAUGGAAACCCGAGUUAUGAUGGUCAGUUCGUAGUUUCUAAUAUCCUUACAAAUUCAAAUUUUAAAGUUGCAAUUGACGCUAUUGUUAGUGACUCAAUUGAAAAUUCGCCAUUUUUUCAAGAUUUUCUUAAUGUAAUUAACUAUGACUAA